AUGUCUCGCUUUUUCGGAAAAACUGUUAUAAUCACUGGAUCCUCCAACGGAAUCGGCCGUUCCGCUGCUCUUUUGUUUGCUCAAGAUGGAGCAAAUGUGACAAUUACUGGAAGAAAUGCUGAUCGUCUUGAGGAGACAAGACAACUUCUUCUAAAAGCUGGAGUCUCGGAGAAAAAUAUAAACUCAGUAGUUGCUGAUUUAACAACAUCCAAUGGACAGGAUCAGUUGGUCAACACAACUUUAAAGAAAUUUGGAAAACUUGAUAUUUUGGUUAACAACGCUGGAGCAGGAAUUCCAGACACUACUGGUGCUAAGGGAACUGAUCAAAGCAUCGAUACCUAUCACAAAACAUUCCAAUUAAACCUUCAAGCAGUUAUCGAGAUGACGAAGAAAGUGAAACCUCACUUGAUUGAAUCAAAGGGAGAAAUUGUGAAUGUUUCCAGUAUCGCUGCAGGACCACAAGCACAUCCUGAUUUCGUGUACUACAGUCUUGCCAAGGCAGCACUUGACCAAUAUACCAGAAGCAGUGCAAUCGAUCUCAUUCAACACGGUGUUCGAGUGAAUUCCGUGAGUCCUGGAGCAGUGAUGACUGGCUUCGGAGAAGCAAUGGGAAUUCCGCAGGAAGGGUUCAAGAAGUUGUACGACUUCAUGGCUCAACAUAAAGAAUGUCUUCCAUCUCGAGUUGUUGCUACACCAGAAGAUAUAGCCAACAUCAUUAUGUUCCUUGCCGAUAGAAAGCUGUCUUCUUAUAUAAUUGGUCAAUCGAUUGUUGCUGACGGUGGAACUUCGCUUGUCAUGGGAAUGCAGGCUCACGACAUGAUGAGCAUCUUGACUGCACCUUAA